GAGCCCUCAAACCAACUUCAUUGCGAGUGAGAAACAUUUUACCGAGAAGAAGAUCUGAAAAAGCUUGGUGGUGAGAAAGUGAGCCAUGGGUGUGGAAGAGGGUCUUGAUCAUGAGUACACAAAGGAUGGGACUGUGGAUCUUAAAGGGAACCCAGCCCUUAGAUCCAAGAGAGGUGGAUGGAAAGCUUGUUCCUUUAUUGUUGUGUAUGAAGUGUUCGAGCGCAUGUGUUACUGUGGCAUAUCGGCAAAUCUAAUCCUUUAUUUGACAAAGAAGCUCCAUCAAGGCACGGUCACUGCCGCAAACAAUGUCACCAAUUGGAUAGGCACCAUCUGGUUAACUCCAAUCUUGGGCGCAUAUGUUGCCGAUGCCCAUCUCGGUCGUUAUUGGACGUUCAUGAUUGCAUCCGCAAUUUAUCUCUCGGGAAUGUGCCUACUAACACUAGCAGUUUCAGUCCCUGGGCUAAAACCACCUCCCUGUGCCGCCGACGUCAACCCAGCCGACUGUAAGAAGGCCUCAACACUAGAACUAGGUGUGUUUUAUACUGCACUCUACAUUUUGGGCGUUGGGACAGGCGGGACGAAGCCCAACAUCUCCACGAUCGGGGCGGACCAAUUCGAUGAUUUCGAGCCCAAAGAGAAGGCCCAAAAGCUUUCCUUCUUCAAUUGGUGGAUGUUUAGUAUCUUCAUGGGGAUACUCUUUGGGAACACAUUUCUUGUGUACAUACAAGACAAUGUGGGAUGGGCCCUUGGCUAUGGGAUCCCAACUGUAGGCCUUGCUUUUGCCAUAUUAGUCUUCAUAAUUGGCACACCUUUCUACAGGCACAAGGUCCCCACAGGGAGUCCCUUCACAAGGAUGGCUAGGGUUAUAGUGGCUGCCCUAAGGAAGUGGAGGGUACCCAUUCCUAAAGACCCUAAAGAACUCUAUGAAUUUGACUCGGAUGAAUACACCAGCAAAGGGAAGUUUAGAAUUGAUUCCACACCCACCCUCAGGUUCCUCAACAAAGCUUGUGUUGAAACUGAUUCAACCAGUCCAUGGAUGCUCUGCACAGUGACUCAAGUCGAAGAAACCAAACAAAUGCUGCGAAUGAUAUCCAUCUUGAUCACCACAUUCCUUCCUUCAGUAAUGGUUGCUCAAAGCAAUACCCUUUUCAUCAAGCAAGGCACCACUCUUGAUAAAAGAAUGGGUAACUUCAAACUUCCCCCGGCUAGCUUAGGCGCUUUUGUGACAGUGUCCAUGCUUGUUAGCAUCAUUUUAUAUGACCGUGUCUUUGUCAAGAUCAUAAGAAAAUGGACAAAGAAUCCAAGAGGCAUCACUCUGCUUCAAAGAAUGGGAAUUGGUCUUGUGCUCCAUACCAUCAUUAUGAUAAUAGCAUCCCUAACCGAGAGGUACAGACUUGGUGUGGCCAAGGACCAUGGCCUAGUCGAAAAGGUGGGACAAGUGCCAUUGACCAUAUUCAUUUUGCUUCCUCAAUUUGUGCUUAUGGGAGUAGCUGACGCGUGUUUUGAGGUAGCCAAGAUUGAGUUCUUCUAUGAUCAAGCACCGGAAAACAUGAAGAGUCUUGGGACUUCUUAUGCUAUGACUAGUAAUGGAGUUGGGAAUUUCCUUAGCACAUUUAUUCUUUCGAUAAUUUCUGAUAUUACCAAGGCGCACGGUCACAAAGGAUGGAUUCUGAAUAACCUUAAUGCUUCUCGUCUUGAUUAUUAUUUCGCUUUCCUCGCCAUACUAAGCUUCUUGAAUUUCAUAUUCUUCUUAGUAAUGACUAAGCUCUAUCAAUAUAAGGCUGAAGUUUCGGAUUCAAUGGAAGUACUUGGAGAAGAACUAAAGGGUGACUGAAUGAGCUACCAAGAAGAAAGAACCUUCUCAAGUCUGGCUGGACUCAAACUUUGUGAAACACAAUCAUAUUUUUUUUUGAGUGAUUGUUGAUAUAUUUCUGUUUCUAUAUCUGGAAAAUAGAACAUGCAUCCAUUUGCUCCUACGGGACUUGAAACUUUGGACCUUUUACUUUGGAAGGUGAGAAAGUAACGCAAGACUACAGCCUUUGGUGGUACUUCUUGAUGGUUUCACCCCAGAAAAUAUCGGCCUAUCAAAUUUAUAGCACUAUGCUUGUAAUUUGGAUUUGCUUUACCCAGUUAAUUAAUACACUGCAUGGUUUGCACUUGUCAGAAGCUAGAUGAAUGAAAUUGUGUUUUGUUAGUGGCUAGAA